UGCAGGCUCGGGGGAGGCAGCCUCACACUGCAGCCUGCGAUCCAUGACCCUGCUGCAAGUCAAGUGAACGAGUCCAAGACGCUGCGACUUCCCUGCGACACAACCAUGCGCCGGGCUCUAGCACUGGGGCUCUGGCUGCUGCUGGCCGGAGACGCAUGGGCGCUCAGAGGGGUGCAUGGAAGGAGCCCCUUGACUUAUGGACCUUUGGAAGAGGAGAUCCUGGUGGCCAACCAUGGGAUCAGGGUGCCCUUCGGGAGGUCCGUCUACCUUGACCCUGUCCUAGACCUGGUGAUACAAGUGCAGCCGGGUGACAAGUGUCACAUCAGCGUCCUCAGCAAUGACCCGCUCUCCCAGGGACCCGGACACCUUUCUCCUAACAGGUUCCCCUGCGAGUUUGGGGCCCGGGAGGUGAAGUACUCUCACCUGGGAGCCCGAAGUCCUUCCAGGGACCGGGUGAAGCUCCAGCUCCGCUACGAUACCCAGACCAGCACAGUGAUCAUCCCAUUCAUGAUCGAGGUGGAGGUGCUGUUCACCCAGCUGGAGGUGGUCACCAGGAACAUGCCACUGACUGUGGACAAGCUGCUGGGCACCAGUAACCCCAUAGAUAAGAAGAUCCUGGAGUUUACUUAUGACAGGACAUUUGAGGUGUGCAGGAUCACCCCACUGCUGGACCUUGCUGGACUGCCCAGGUAUGGAAGGGUGCUACACAGUGCUGGGCAUAUGGUGGACUGUGGGGAGUUCUUACAACAAGGGGUGCGCUACCAGCACACAGCCUCCACCCAGUCACCCAACAAGGACUACAUCCCAAUGUUGGUGGAGUUGCAUGAUAAAGUUGGGAAUUUACUAAAGCAAGAACAUUUUCAAAUGCUGGUUAGGAUCAAGGAAGGUCUGGAGAACACCCAGCCUAAGCCUAGCUUUGUAGCCAUGAUGAUGAUGGAGGUGAAUCAGUUUGUCAUGACAGCCAUCACUCCUGACAUGUUGGCUGCAGAGGACUUGGAAUCUGACCCCGGGGAUCUUAUAUUUAAUAUCACUUCCACCUUCAGUCCAGGACAGGGGCAUAUUGUAAGUACAGAUGACCGCAACUUGCCCAUUACCUCCUUCUAUCAGAGAGACCUGCAGGAAUUUAGGAUUGCUUACAAACCGCCACCUGAGGACUCUGACACUGAACGCAUCUUUGAAGUGGAACUGGAGGUGGUGGACACUGAAGGAGCGGUGUCCGAGCCUUUCUCAUUCAUGAUUCUUGUUAAACCGAUGAAUACGCUUGCCCCCGUGGUUACUCACAACACUGGGCAGCUUCUGUUUGAAGGGCAAUCACGGCCCCUGUCAAGUGCCCAGAAUUUACAAAUCAGCGAUGAGGACAACCUUGAUCAUGUUAAAGUGACUGUACUGGAUGGGCUAAGACAUGGGCAGCUGUACCUGCUCGGUUCACCUGAGAACUCCAAAUUUUUUACGGCUUCUGAUCUGGACCAAGGUAGAGUCAUUUAUCAACAUGACGGGAGUGACACUUACAGUGACAAUAUCAUCUUCCGUAUGACAGAUGGAAAGCACCAAGUUGAGUUCCUCUUCCCAAUAACAGUGGUGCCAACUGACGAUGAGCCUCCUAUAGUCAACGCCAACACAGGUUUAAUGAUCUCAGAGAAAGACGUGUCGCCUGUGACUCCAGUUGUGUUGAGUGCAACAGAUAUUGACUCAGAAGACUCUACCAUAAGGUUUAUAUUGGACUUACCUUACUCAGUACUUGGCCAAAUGGUAUUGCGUCAAUCUGAGAUACCUCAAGACCCUUCUGAGUGGAUAUUAUUACCUGAACUGAACCUUUUUGAAAGGGAAGUAAAAGAGUGGACUCAACAAGACAUAUUAGAUGGUAAAUUAUAUUACAAGCAUGUUGGACCGCACAGCACUGUCCCGGUCAUGGACCAGCUGGUCUUUAGAGUCCAAGAUGACAAUGAUUCUCCUAAUCAGUCUGGUGAACAUACAUUUGUUGUUAAAAUUAAUCCUAUUGAUGACUUGCCUCCAGAGUUAUACCCGGGCACCACCCUUAGGAUGGUGGUACAGGAAUAUCAUCUAACCCAUUUUAGAAGGAAAUUUCUUCGAUAUACUGACUUGGAUUCUGAUGACAGAGAUCUCAAAUACACAGUGACUAUUCCCCCAACUGAUACAGAUGAAAACAACCCAGUUUUGAUGGGAUUUAUAGUUCUAACUGAAAACCCAGAACAGGUUGUUACCGAGUUUACACAAGCUCAGAUAAACCAUCACAAAAUUGCCUACAAACCACCUGACUUGGAGCUUGGAAUUACUCCACGUGUAGUGCAGUUUCACUAUACCGUAGAGGAUAUGUCUGGGAACAUAGCCGAAGGGGAUUUUACUAUUUUCUUGGAGCCCGUGGACAACAAGCCCCCAAGUAUCGUUAACACUGGAUUUACUGUGUUUGAAAGAGGAAGUCACAUCAUCACUCCAGCAGAACUUGAUGCCACAGAUGCGGACACAGGCAAAGACAAAAUUACCUUCACCCUGACCCAAUCUCCAAGGCAUGGUCAAGUGAUGUAUUCCAAUCUCGUAAUGGAUGUUGGUGAAACAUUUGUUCUGGAUGACAUACGUAGUGGAAGGAUAAGCUACAUGCACAGUGGUGAGGAGUCUACCAGUGAUUCUUGUACCCUUGAUGUUAGUGAUGGAGUUCACGUACUUACAAUCAUCAUUAAAAUCACUGUUCGUUUAGUGGAUGAUGAAGUGCCUAGACUUAUGCUACCUUCAGGAACCAUUGGCUCCUUUUUAGAUGUUUUAGAAGGCAGCUCUGCAGAAAUCACAUCAAAUGUUAUCCAAGGCACUGACACAGAUACAGAUGAUCUCAUGUUAACCUUCAUUGUGGAAGACCCACCACAUCUUGGAGUAAUUCUGGUCAAUGGCAUUCCAGCCGAAAGAUUUUCUCAAAGGGAUAUCAUAGAUGGUGCUGUUGUCUAUUCUCACACUUCUGGAGAAAUUGGAUUGCAGAAAAAGGAAGAUUCAUUCAAUUUAACAUUAUCUGACAUGUCUGAAGAAUGGACUGUUGGCGGUAAUAGAGUUACAGGAGUUCGUGUUCAGGUGACCAUUCUUCCAUUAGAUAAUCAGCCUCCAAUUGUAUCUGUGGGUGAACAGUUCACAGUUAUUGAAGGAGAAAAAAAUGUGAUUACGCCCUCCCAUUUAAAAGCUAGUGAUAGAGACACUCCAAAUGAUGACAUCCUUUGCACUAUUAUUGUGCAGCCUACAUCUGGAUAUCUUGAAAAUAUUUCACCAGCUCCAGGCUCUGAAAAAUCUAGAGCUGGGACAUCUAUUAGUGCAUUUACAUUGAAAGAUAUUAGACUGGGACAUAUUUAUUAUGUUCAAAGCAUCCACAAAGGUGUAGAACCUGUAGAGGAUAGACUUACUUUCCACUGUUCCGAUGGCAUAAACCUUUCCCAAAGACAUUUCUUCCCAGUUGUUAUCAUACCUGCCAAUGAUGAAAAGCCAGAGAUCUUCAUGAGGGAGUUUGUUGUUAUGGAGGGAAUGAGUCUCGUCAUUGAUAUUCCAAUACUGAAUGGGGCCGAUGUAGACCUCCCAGCAGACAACCUUAUCUUUUACAUCACAAAGCCACCAAAACAUGGGCAUAUCGUGAACCAGCUAACCAAUGGCACUGUUCUGGUUAACAGCUUCAGCCUGGAUGACAUCAAAGAAAGCUCCACCAUCCUUUAUGAACAUGAUGAUUCUGAGACCAAAGAAGACAGCUUUGAGAUAAAACUUUCUGAUGGAAAACAUUCAGUGGUCAAAACCGUUCUGAUUAUGAUUAUACCUGUGGAUGAUGAGACUCCUAGAAUGACCAUUAAUGAUGGACUGGAGAUUGAAAUUGGAGAAACAAAACUGAUUAAUAAUAAAGUAUUAAAAGCAACAGAUUUGGACUCAGAUGACAAGUCUUUGACGUAUAUAUUACGCUAUGGGCCUGGUCAAGGCCUCUUACAACGAAGAAGACCAAACGGUGAACUUGAAAACAUUACAAUAGGUAUGAACUUCACUCAGGAUGAGGUGGACAGGGAAUUAAUACAAUACCAUCACUUCGGCCAAGAGGGAAUACGUGAUCUCUUCAAAUUUGAUGUUACCGAUGGUAUAAAUCCUCUUAUUGACAGAUAUUUUUAUGUGACUGUUGGAGGCAUUGAUAUGGUGUUCCCAGAUGUGAUUAGCAAAGGGGUAUCUCUAAAAGAAGGAGGCAAGGUAACCCUUACAACUGACUUGCUUAGCACCAGUGAUCUCAACAGUCCUGAUGAACAUUUAGUUUUCACCAUCACAAGGGCUCCUGUACGUGGACAUUUGGAGUGCACAGAUCUGCCAGGGGUUCCCAUCACAUCAUUCACCCAGCUGCUGUUAGCUGGCAAUAAAAUCUAUUACACACAUACAUCCGAUGAUGAAGUAAAGAUGGACAGCUUUGAAUUUGAGGUCACUGAUGGGUAUAAUCCAGUUUUCCGCACAUUCAGAAUAUCCAUCACUGAUGUUGAUAACAAGAAGCCUGUUUUGACUAUCCAUGAACUGACCGUAAGAGAGAGUGAGAAUAAGUUGAUCACCCCCUUUGAACUUACGGUGGAGGACAGAGAUACCCCAGAUAAACGGCUUAAGUUCAUCAUCACUCAGGUGCCAGUUCACGGAAAGAUCCUAUUCAACAAUAGCAAAACGGUAACCUCCUUUACAAAACAGGAUCUCAAUGACAACCUCAUCAGUUAUAAACACGAUGGUACUGAAUCCACCGAGGACAGCUUCUCUUUCACUGUGACUGAUGGAAUCCACACUGAAUUUUAUGUCUUUCCUGACACCGUCUAUGAGACCCGACAGCCCCAGAUGAUGAAGAUUCGGAUUAUCGCUGUUGAUAAUGGGGUGCCGCAGAUUGCAGUAAAUAAGGGGGCCCCAACUCUGCGCAUCCUGAGCACUGGUCAUUUGGGCUUCUUGAUCACUAACAAGGUCCUUAAAGCAGAAGACAGGGACAGCACCCACAUCUCUCUCCGCAUCCGAAUUACUCAAGGCCCCAGUCAUGGAUUCCUUAUCAACUUAGACAAGGGAAACCACAGCAUCAACCAGUUCACACAAGCGGACAUUGACGACAUGAAAAUCUGCUAUGCGUUACGAGACAAGGAGAACGCAACAAGUGAUAUUUUCCAUUUUACUGUUGAAGACAGUGGAGGAAAUAAACUGAAGAAUCAGCAUUUUCGUCUCAACUGGGCUUGGAUCUCUAUAGAGAAGGAGCACUAUGUGGUGAAUGAAGACGCCAAGCAUUUAGAGGUUAUCCUGAAACGUAGAGGAUAUCUGGGAGAAACCUCAUUUGUCAGUAUCGGCACUGUAGAUGGGACAGCAGAAAAGGACAAGGACUUCAGAGGAAAGGCCCAGAAACAAGUACAGUUUAAUCCUGGGCAGACCACGGCGACUUGGAGAGUGCGGAUCCUAAGUGACGGGGAAUAUGAACAGUCCGAAACCUUCCAGAUCGUCCUGUCAGAGCCUGUCAUGGCAGCACUAGAAUUCCCAGAGGUGGCAACAGUGGAGAUCAUCGACCCUGGAGAUGAAUCAACAGUGUUUAUACCCGAGCCAAUAUAUAAGAUUGAAGAAGAUAUCGGUGAGCUGUUUAUACCGGUGCGGAGGAGCGGAGAUGUCAAUCAGGAGUUGAUGGUUAUAUGUUUUACACAUCAAGGUACGGCUACUGGAACCGUCCCGACCUCCGUUUUAUCCUAUUCUGAUUACAUAUCCAGACCUGAGGAGCAUAACAGCGUUUUGAGGUUUGAUAAAGGCGAGAAGGAGAAGAUGUGCCGGGUGGUUGUAAUAGAUGAUUCCUUGUAUGAGGAGGCAGAGUCCUUUAAUGUCACGCUCAGCAUGCCUAUGGGAGGAAGACUUGGAUCUGAGUUCCCUUCUACUCAGGUUGUGAUUUUACCGGACAAGGAUGACGAGCCUGCUUUUUACUUUGGAGAUGUGGAACUGUACGUGGAUGAAAGUGCGGGAUACAUAGAAGUACGUGUAUGGAGGACUGGUACUGAUCUGUCAAAAACUGCCACUGUCACCGUGCGGUCACAAAAGACGGAGCCAGUGUCAGCCAUAGCUGGCAUUGACUAUGUAGGUAUCAGUAGGAAUCUGGAUUUUGCUCCCGGCGUUAACAUGCAGACUUUCCGUGUGGUCAUUCUGGAUGACUUGGGACAGCCGGUGCUGGAGGGCAUAGAGAAGUUUGAACUCGUUCUGCGUAUGCCAAUGAACGCCGUCCUCGGGGAGCCCAGUAAAGCCAUUGUAUACAUCAAUGACACCGUCUCUGACUGUAAUGCCAAAGUUCAAUUCAGGGAGGCCAUGUACAUGGGGCACGAGAAGGAUGGGAAGAUCACAGCCAUGGUGUACAGAAGUGGGGAUGUCAGCUACAAGUCUACGGUUCGUUGUUACACUCGCCAAGGCUCGGCACAAGUGAUGAUGGACUUUGAAGAACGACCAAAUACAGAUAGUUCAAUCAUCACAUUCCUUCCAGGUGAGACAGAACGUCCUUGCGUUGUGACGCUGAUGGACGAUACCAUCCAUGAAGAAGAGGAGGAGCUGCGUCUUGUCCUUGGAACUCCCAGAAGUGAAUCUCCUUUUGGAGCCUCCAUAGGAGAACUCAAUGAGACCUUAAUAAAGAUUAAGGAUGAUGCAGACAAGGCAAUAAUAAAGUUUGGAGACACCAAGUUUAGUGUGAGCGAACCAAAGGAACCCGGACAAAUCGUGGUAGUAAAAAUUCCAGUUGUUCGUCAGGGAGACACAUCAAAGGUCUCCAUUGUGCGUGUGCAUACAAAGGAUGGCUCUGCUACCUCAGGGGAAGAUUAUAACCCUGUGUCAGAAGAGAUUGAAUUUAAGGAAGGUGAAACACAGCACAUUGUGGAGGUCGAAGUCUUGUAUGAUGGAGUUAGGGAAAUGAGAGAAGCUUUUACUAUACACCUGAAGCCUGAUGAGAACAUGGUUGCAGAAAUCCAGAUGACCAAAGCCAUAGUGUACAUCGAAGAAAUGAACAGUAUGGCUGAUGUGACAUUCCCCUCAGUUCCUCAAGUUAUCUCACUUUUUAUAUAUGAUGACACUUCAAGAGCUAAGGAGAACCCCAAUCCCAUUGCUGGUUACCCAGUUGCUUGCAUCACGGCUUGUAACCCUAAAUAUUCAGAUUAUGACAAAACGGGAUCAAUAUGUAUCAGUGAACACAUCAACGACACAUUAACCCGUUACCGCUGGCUGGUCAGUGCCCCCAAGGGCCAGGAUGGAGUCACCAGUCCUAUGAGGGAGGUUGACUUUGACACAUUCUUUACGUCUUCAAAAAUGAUCACCCUGGAUUCAAUAUACUUCCAUGCGGGUUCGCGGGUGCAGUGUGCGGCACGUGCUGUAAACUCAGAUGGACAGGAAGGUCUGGAACUUAUGAGUCCUAUUAUAACCAUAAGCACAGAAGAAGGUCUCUGCCAACCUCGAGUGCCGGGAGUGGUCGGAGCUGAACCGUUCUCUGCUAAGAUGCGAUACACGGGGUCGGAUGAUCCCGAUCAUCCAAAUCUUAUUAAAGUAACUAUCACUAUGCCUCAUAUUGAUGGCAUGCUUCCAGUGAUAUCCACUAGGGAGCUUUCUAACUUUGAGCUCACACUGAGCCCUGAUGGUACACGGGCAGGAAACCACAAAUGCUCAAAUCUUCUGGAUUAUAAUGAAGUGAGAACUCGUUACGGGUUCUUGACUGAUGCCACCAAGAAUCCCAAUGUCAUAGGGGAGACCUCUCCCUAUCAAUAUAAUACACAGCUGAGAGGGUCUAAUGCUUUACGCUUCUACAGAAAUCUUAACCUUGAGGCCUGCUUGUGGGACUUUACCAGCUACUAUGACAUGUCGGAGCUCCUUACUGAAUGUGGUGGCACCAUUGGCACAGACGGACAGGUCUUGAACCUUGUCCAGUCCUACGUGACGCUGCGGGUGCCGCUGUACGUGUCCUAUGUCUUUCACUCACCUGUGGGAGUUGGCGGGUGGCAGCACUUUGAUCUGCACUCUGAGCUGCGCCUGACAUUUGUGUACGAUACCGCCAUCUUGUGGAAGGAUGGUAUUGGGAGCCCUCCAGAAGCUGAAUUACAAGGCUCCCUCUACCCGACCAGCAUGCGUAUAAAUGAAGAAGGUCGCUUGGUUGUGAAUUUUAAAACAGAAGCUCGAUUCUAUGGUCUAUUUUUAAUGUCACAUCCUGCAACACUGCUGACCUCCAUGAUCAUGUCAGCCGAUCAUCCAGAGUUAACCUUUACCCUGAAUCUUGUGCGGAAUGAACCCAGUUAUAACCAGCCCGUUCAGCAGUGGAGCUUCGUCUCGGAUUUUGCUGUUCGAGAUUACUCUGGCACUUACACAGUUAAACUCAUCCCCUGUACCACGGCCCCGUACCAGGAAUACACUAUACCCGCUGUGUGUAACCCCCGGGAGCCCAUCAACUUUGAUGUUGAUAUCAGAUUCCAGCAGGUCAGUGACCCCGUUGCGGCGGAGUUCAGUUUAAAUACCCAGAUGCUGCUUCUGUCUAAGAAAUCGCUGUGGCUGUCUGAUGGAUCGAUGGGCUUUGGACAAGAGAGUGACAUCUCGUUCUCUGAAGGUGACGUCAUCUAUGGUCGAGUGAUGGUUGAUCCGGUCCAGAACCUGGGAAACUCUUUUUACUGCAGCAUCGAGAAAGUCUUCCUCUGCACUGGAGCCGAUGGCUAUGUACCCAAAUAUAAUCCCUCCGAUAAUGAAUACGGCUGCCUCGCCGACUCUACGUCUCUCCUCUACCAAUUUAAGAUAUUGGAUAAAGCACAGCCGGAAACUCAGGCUAGAAAAUUUGGCAGCAUCUUGUUUAAUGCCAGGCUGGCAGCGGAUGAUCCGGAGGCAUUACCGCUCGUCAGACAACCUGGCUCGGAUGGAUUUAAAGUUGACGCCACUCCUCUGUUCCAGGUUUCUACAGGCAGAGAGUGGUAUAUGCAUGCAAUCUACACCAUGAGGUCCAAAGAAAACGCCAACAGAGGCAUCGGAAAGAGAAGCUUAGAAUACCAGUACCAUUCUGUACUGAGCACAGGCACUUCUGGAGAGUCAAAGAGCAGUCGUAAGAAGAGAGAUGUCAAUGAAGUCCCAACAGUUGCUAAGGAAAUUGGCACGGAGAACAACAGAGGAACCAAUAUUCAGCAUAUCGUUUUAGAACGUAACAACAAAAAGACAAUUUCUGAGAAGGAAAUCAUCCCAGAUGGGUUAAUACCAAGAGAGGUGAAUAAUAAGGAAAGUGAGAUUAACGUGGUCAUCAUUGUGGUUGUCAUCGCUGCCAUAUUGUUAUUAGUGGUCUGUUUGAUAGCAAUCAUUUUAUUCAUGUUAAAGCGUAAGCAAAAGUCCAAAAAGAAAGAAGAAGGGAGAGAAUCGGGAAGUAGCGAGCCCAUGAUGCCUCCUCGGGGAUACAGUACAGACAGCUCUGAGGUUUGACAUUGUGGAUCCAUGAGCCUAGUCACAAGUGCCUCAAAAAUAGCAAAUUUCAGAAUUUUCUAAACUCUUUCCAGAAGACACAUAUAUGCUGUGUGCCCAGUGGUCCAUCUACUCUUCAAUACCUCAUGUAUGUUUAAAGUGUUGGAAGGACCAUGAGGGCACCAAUGGGACCGAAACAUCAAACCAAUGUCUGUACACCUGGGAUUCCUGACAACCUGAACUCAUGCACUAACCAUGAAGAGGCGCUAAAAGGACUGUAAAUGAGGAUUAUCCUCUUGUAUUUCUUUUAUAUUAUUUAAAAAAAUAUUGAAAUAUGCAAAGGUGCUGAUAGCUCAUCUCCUCAUUUGCAGGGAGAGCUUCUCCUAAUAGUAUCCAUUGGGUACACAUGGAGUUUUCUGGAGAAAGUUUUGAGACAGAUUUUCCUUCAGGCUUAUUAGCCAAAGCAAGAAGUGGAUCCAGCAGGAAGGAGAAGUAUUAGCCGUUCCUUUAUAUUUCCAAUUCCUCUCAAAUCUGCUUUUGGCUUUGGCUGAAAAACCUGCCUCAAAACCUCCUCCUAAAAAACUCUGUGUGAACCUACCCUUAGAGGUUCAAUGAUCAUACUCUAAAUGUCAGUUUUAUAAUAUUUUUGCCGAGACUGUAUACUCAUCAUCGUGAAGAUUGCUAUAAAAUAUUGUUCUUUUUAUGCCCAGUGGAUUCAUCUAGUUGUAUUAUUCCUUGUUAACCAAAGAUUCCUCUGAGGUUAAAGGUACUAGUCUAGGACAAGAUGGAUUCCCCAGUCCAUGACGUUUUCUACUUAGGACCACAUAAAGCAGUACAUAAUAAGGGGGUCUGCAAGAUGUAUGGUAAGAAGAGGGUGACUGUUGCACGAAAUGCUGUCAUGCUGAUCAUGUGAAGUUCUACUUGUCUGCUGGCUGGUGGGAAACACCAUAUAGCAGUCCUUCUCCCAUAUAACCCGGUUGUUUAUAAUAGGAGCUUCUCCUUAUAGAUGCUGCCUACCAUAUGUAUCUAGGAAAUAAAAAAAUAUUGUCCUUAAAGGCUAUGGACACCUUCAAGGUUUUUUUAUGAUUGCAUUUUACUCAUUUUGGGCUGAAAAUCAUUUUAUCAGUUGGUCUUUUUUUAAAAUAUCCAGUCGUUUCUAAGAUACAAUCCCUUUAAAAUAACUUAAAAUUGGUUUUCCCGUCUCAACAUUUGUGGCAUAUCACUAAUAUAAGCCACAAAUGUCAGACAGGUGCAGGUCCCACCUCUGCUUUUCUUUUAUUUCAGAGGUCUCACCUUUUCUAUCUCCAGAACGGGGCCCCUAGGGAGAGCAGCUGCACACACACCACCACCCUCUAUUCACCUCUAUGGGAUUUCCGAAAAUAUCCAUGUGCACUGGCUCGGCUAUUUUGUGAAGUCUCAUAGCAGUGAGUGGAGAGGAUGCUGUGCAUCAGGGGCCCCAUUCUGGAGAUAGGAGCAGGUCCCAGAGGUGGCAUAUCCACACAUGUUGAGAUAGGAAAAGCCCUUUAAAGGAGUUGUACAAGAUUAAGGAAAUCUGGCAGAAACAGCGCCGCUCGUGUCCUUGUGGUUGCGUUUGGUAUUGCAGAGUUCACUUGAGUGGGGCUGAGCUGCAUUUCUAUGUUUUCUGAUAGAUAGCAUUAAAGUUUUAGUAUCUCAUACAACCGCGUUCACAUGUAGGAGUUUGCUACAAAAAGAGGUUGCAAAGCUGAACUGCAGUUUUCAGUCAUGUCAUUGACCUCCUGGGAUUGGCUGCAGUGUAAGGUAAACCACAUUUAGGCAUGGUGACCCUUCAAAGGAAAAAACAUCUAAAUGACUGCUAUGAAAUUCUGAUUAUUUUACACUUUUUUAUGUUUAUUUUGUGUUUGUUUUUUGUUUUGUUUUUAAUAACAGUUGAUGCUGCUUGACAAAAAAUACCACUGGUGUCGGUCUCACCAUGUCAGAUAGUUCUUGUAGAUGCUGUAGGAACCUGGUUCUCAUCAGUCACGUAAGACAAGGUUCCCCCGAACCAGCUAGAGACUGAUGGUCACACAAAAAAAUAAGUAGGAAAAUACUGUAUUACGUUUUUUAUUUUUACUGAAUUAUACAGGAAAAUGCCGGGAACAAGUAAUUUAUUAUUGUGGCAAUCAUUGAGCCUCUUAAGGGUAUGUUUGUAAUGAAUGGCAUGUUAUUAUAUGUUACCAUUGUGCACAGUAUAUAUACAUUUCAUAUUAUUAAGAAUAUUUUGUAACAUUUUAUCAUUCUGAUAUAUGCAAGUUUUUACUCAUCGCUUCUCGUGCUCUUAGAUCUUGAAGAUGUGUUUGGUAUAUGUCAGAUUGAGAUGUUUAGGUUCACCCAUAAUCCCAGAUUUUCCAGUUUGGCUUUCAACCUAUUAUAUAUAUUAACCAAGCUACAGGUCAUUGUAGAUAUAAGAUAUAGUUACUGUUCUAAUUUUGCGAACGUUAGCCUUCUGUGCCUCAUGUUUGUGUUGUACGUAAUAAGGCCGCACCAUAUUUAUCCUAAAGAAACAUACUACUAUAAAGAAAAACACUUGAAGCCAUCACUAUAUGUAGGAGCCCUACACCUAUGGAUAGAGGGGGCCUUCUGGAGUGCCAAAUUAAUAAAUAAUCAAACUCAGUACAUGGGAUAUGCUUGUUAGGACCAUUGAACAUCAGUCUGUUUUUCAGAAACCUCCGGUGGUGAAACGACUACUCCCAACAUGCUCACUUGCUUGGCUGUUCUCAAAACUUCCGUAGAAGUGAUUGGAGCAUGCUGGAAGUCGUACGCAUUACAUUGAUCCUGAAUGACAGCCUGUAUGAUAGUGUAUGAGUAGUCACCAUUAUGCUGGUCCUCACUAGAAACACCCCUAACAGGGCAGCUGGGCUGAUAUAUUGCUGUAUAACACUUCCUACAUCAGAUUACUUCACAGUGCCUGAUGUACACUUCCACAUUGCAAAUGCAGACACUGAACAAGCAGAGGAUGCUGUAAGAUUUUAGCUUGUAAAGCCUUCAGAACAGUGAAUACAGCUCUGAGGUACGUACAAUACUGGCUGUACACCCAAUCGAUAAAAGGGCAGUAAUAUGAGUUUACAAAAGCACUCCAGCAAAAUAUUUUUUGCCUAUAUAGUACAGAACAGUCUAUUAUUGCAGAAUAAUGUAGAGGCUCUAGUGUAUGCCUUAGGCAUACCUGUUUUAGUUGAUGUGCCAUUUAUGAGCUAUCUGCCAUCUUGGUUACGCCUUCCCUUCGGAUGUGGUUUCCUGAUGCAGCUGGCAUCUCCCAUUAUGCCUCUGGCUUUGCAGUGACAGACGUAGCAGAGUCUCAUCACACUACACUUGCUCUGAUCUAUCUAAAGGCAGCAAGUGAUAGCUCAGCGACAGGACUGUUGUCCCCUAACUUGCACUGUCUCUGUGAUCCAGCUGAACUCUGCUUCCCCUGCCUCCUGCUUGUGAUGGGUUUCUCAGCUUUAAAGCAGAAGGUAGAGGAAAGCAGUGUGAACACAGGAGAUUCUGCCCACAGCAGAUAAUAUAGACCAGGGAUGCCAAAUCUGCAGCCCUGUAGAUGUUGCAAAUCCACUUCUCCCUGUAUGCCCUGAUAGCUGUAGGCAGUCUGGGCAUGAAGGGAGUUGUAGUUUUGCAACAACUGAAGGGCUGCAGGUUUGACAUGGCUGGUAUAGACAGUGUGAGCCAUGGGAGGUUUAUAAUUCUGCAGCUAAUGAUUGUAGCCACUCACCAACUAUACCCCUGCACCCCUGGUCCCUUAGAUAAUGCAGAAGUUACGAUAUAUUAGACUGGCAGUACAGAGGAACAAGAAGAGAAGAGCUUGGAGGAGAGGCCAGGAGUCUGAGAGCUGCCAAGAUGGAUUUGAUAGAUGCUGAUGUAUUGCUGUAAUUCACAGGAAGUCAGCCAAACAGGAGAGCAAGACCUGGACUGGUAGUCAGACUGUGACCACAUGACAUCAAUCUCCAUAAUGCUAAGGUUCAAAAUAUGAGCAACUGAGCUGGGAUAAAAUAAAUUACACUGCUGGAAUAUUGCUGCUAAGUUAGCAUUGUAUUCCCGCCAAACACUCGCCUACCUAAAAAUAAAAAAAUUAUGUGCCUUUUUGACUUUUCAUUUAUAUCAAAAGGGGUUGUCUCAUGAAGACAUAUGACCUACAGUAUUGGAGCAUGUGGACAUCAUUGAGUAGGGUCCUCAGUUUGUGAGCCAGAACAGAAAGCCACUUAAUAUGUAUGACCGCUUAUCUGCGUGUCCGCCAUGUAAGACUAUGUGGUGGCUGCUGCGGGGGAAAUGCGCUGUUUCACAGGGGUGUCGGGAGUGGGACACCUGAUUGCCCCGCCCCGGCAGCUGCAUCUGGAAAGGAUUGUCUUGGUGAACACAAUUCUAGUACAGUGAAACAGUGGUCGCAGGUCGCCUUACCCAAUUUUGGGUAAAUCCCACCAUCUUAGCUGAUGGAUACAGCCGAACCAUCUUGUUUUUACUCAGUAGUGGGUGCAUCAUAAAGUUCCAUAAUCUACUGCGGAAGGACACAGUGCAUUUUCAGGUAAUAAAUUAAAGAUUGGGGUCCUAACCUACUGUAUGAAUACCCUAUUUUAUCAUCAUUGUUAUAGUUUUACAUUCAAUGAUCCUUUAAUACAGGGCUUCUCUGUCUUUUUCUAAUGGGGACUCACCAGCCAGAACAUGCAGAUAUCUGGGCCACACUAAGUCUAUGCCAAAUUUUCUAAAUUUCCUAAAUUUAUCUUAAAAUGUGUACCAUGAAACCAGUACAAUUUUAAAAUAAGCACAUAAGGAGUUAAUUAUCUUAAUAAACCAGAGACUAGUGCAACCAUAUAAUUCGACACUUUAUGUAUAGAUAUAAUCUACAUAAAACGACAUAAAAACAUUACAUUACUUGUCUUCUACUGAUCCUUUAUUAUAAUUCAGAGCUGAAUUCACUAUUCUGCUGAUUGAUACUGGAAAAAGUCAACAAGUUUGUCAUCAGAUACACCCCUAACAGUUUACCUGAGCUCUAGAAUGCAAAUAGUUUUUUUUUUAGAUUACUGUACAUCAUCUAGUGUAAAGAUUAUCAACCACCUGGGCGAAAUCUGUAAAGACACAUUGCCAGCAAUGAAUACUUGGAGAUUACAGCUCUGAAGCCUGCACAGUUGUGAAUACAGCUCUGGAGUAUAAUACAUGCUAUAACUCAGGACUAGUAAAAGAUAAACAAUGAGAUGUACUUAUAAAGAUAGUGGUUUUUAAAUAUUAAAGGUGUUUACUGGGUCUUAUAUAUUGAUGACUUAUCCUCAGGUGAUCUGUAUGUGUUCGUUGGGUCAGAAUCCCAGCACCCCCACCAAUCAGCUGUUUGAAGAGGCCGUAGCGCUCCAGUGAGCCCUCCAGCCUCCUUGCAGCAUACCAAACAGCGCUGUCCGUUGUAUAGUGGCUUUGCUUGGUAUUGCAGCUCAGGUCCUUUCAAUUGAAUGGGACUGAGCUGGACAUAGGCCAUGUGACCGCUGAACAAUAUAGAAGACCCCAAAAACUCUAUAUGUAAACUGUAUAAUCCUGUUCAAAGGUGGUACUUUGUUUUAACCCAAACCAUAUCUGAGAGGACUUUGUCAGUAGGUUAGUGAAUGUGACGUAUCUACAGCCAAUGUCCUGUGCAUUUCCAGUUUAUAAAUAAUGUACCUGUGCGGUUUACAUUUCUCUUUAGUGGCAGUGGCAGCGUACUGUAUUUGUUACUGCUUUCAGAUUUCACACGAAGACAAUGAUGACAAAAUAAUUUGUAACUUGGACCCAAACUCACUGUGGUCUGCAAUAAACAUUGUGUUAUUCCCAUUGA